AUGUUACUGGUUUAUUUGUUAUGUAUGUUUACUGUAGCCAAGCAAACGACUUGUGUGUCAGAAAAAGUUAUAGAUGCAUAUGAAAAACUAAUAAAUGAAGCAAUUGAGGAAGCUAAAAAUUAUGAGCUGCCAACUAGUUCUGUCAAAUACAAACCGAUUGGAAAUCAACAUUAUCCUAACGAUAUUGGUGAAUAUGAUUUCAUUGUCGUGGGAUCAGGAUCGACGGGAUCGGUACUAGCACGACGCUUAUCUGAAAUAUUUGAUUGGAGAAUUUUGGUAUUAGAAGCUGGUGAAUUUGGCAAUAGUGUCACCGCCAUUACUAGAAUGAGUAGCAGGUAUACUGUGAUGAGCGAUUAUAACUGGGGUUACUACAGCGAACCUCAAAAGAAUUGUUGUUUAGGUUAUGAGGGCAAUAGAUGUCCACAUAUGAGAGGAAAGGCGGUAGGUGGAACAAGCAUAUUUAAUGCUUUGAUCUACACGCGGGGAAGCAGAAAAGAUUUUGACCUUUGGUGUAGCAUGGGCAACAAAGGAUGGUGCUACAAUGAUGUUUUACCCUAUUUCUUAAAAUCAGAACACUUGCAUCAUACGGAUCCUUCUGCGCCAAUUGAUUAUCCAUAUCACAAUUUUUCUGGGCCUUUAUGGGUAGAGCAACCCAUGCCGCGCUCAGCGCAUCACAAGGUAUUUCUAAAGGCGAACGAAGAAAUGGGAUAUCCUAUCGGAGACCUUAAUGGUAGACUACAAAUUGGAACAAUGCCUUUUCAAAUAAACACCAAAUAUGGAAUACGUCAAGAUAGUGGCACUGCUUUUAUAUUACCAGUACUAGAUAGACCAAACUUAGAGAUACUAACUGGGUCAUUGGUAAUUAAGAUUACAAUGCAUGGAAAACAAGUAGAUGGUGUAUUAUUUCUGAGGGAUGGAAUUCUUUAUCAAGCUAGAGCAAAAAAAGAAGUUAUUGUUUGUGCUGGAGCGAUUAAUAGUCCCCAACUUCUAAUGCUUUCAGGAAUUGGACCGAAAGACCAUCUUCUAGAACAUAAUAUAGUUCCGAUAGCAGAUCUCGAGGUUGGCAGUGCCCUUUCAGACCACUUACAAGUUUUUGGAUUGGUUUUUUCAAGUAACCUAACAGAGCCUGUACAAACCUUAAGAGAAUCUAUUAAGGAGUUGCUUACAUAUGGAACAGGUUAUUUAGCUAAAGCACUUCCUACAGAAGCAAUAGGUUUUUACAAAACUCAUUUAGAAUUGUUCGAAAACUAUCCGGAUAUAGAAAUUAGUUUUUCAGACAGUAAUGCAACGGCUGAAGCAGCUGGGAGGUAUAUACAUUGGAAAAAAGAUAUACUAAAAGCAAUAAUUGGUAAGAAAACGGCUUGUUCUUUUCAAGUGUUUGUGACUCCGUUACACACUAAAUCCUUGGGUACCGUUAGAUUAAAGAGUUCCAAUCCUUUAGAAUAUCCUGCUAUAAAUCCAAAUAUUUUAUCAGAUCCUGAGGGAUGUGAUUUAGAGAGUGUUUAUGUUGGUAUUCAGUUAGCAUUAAAUCUUACUCAACAAGAACCUUUUAGAAAAAUAAAUGCUAAACUAGAACUACAACCUAUUAAGGAAUGCAGUCAAUAUCAAUUUAUGAGCAGAGAAUACUGGCGUUGUGCCAGUAGGUAUAUUGUCUCUCAUAAUAAUCACUCAGUCGGUACUUGCAAAAUGGGGCCAGAUCCCAAACUUGGUCAUGUUGUAGAUGAUCAACUUAAGGUUCACGGUAUUAAAAAACUUCGUGUAGCAGAUGCUAGCGUUAUUCCACUGUCGACCUCUAGUCACAUUAAUGCAAUUUGUUAUAUGAUUGGUGAGAAGGCAUCAGAUUUAAUUAAAAUAUAUUAUAAACGAAUUUAA